UUUUCGUUUUGGUUUUGGUUUUUGUUGGGGGUCGCUCUGGUCAAAAGAGAGGAGGCGUUAGAAAGCGGAAGCGCGAGCGCGUGAGAGGAGGAGGAGGAGUCGGCGUCCACUCGCAACCCUAAUUGGCCUCUCCCUCGCGCUAUCGACCUCGAUCGAUCGCGUUUUUGAUCGGAUCACCUGGAAUUCGCGGUCCCGUAGUCCGGACACUUUGGUGCUUUUCUGUUUCUGCUGUCGGAGGAAAUGGAUUUGGUAACUAGUUGCAAGGAUAAAUUAGCGUAUUUUCGAAUAAAGGAACUGAAGGAUGUCUUGACGCAGCUAGGGCUUUCAAAGCAGGGGAGAAAGCAGGAUCUUGUGGAUAGGAUAUUAUCAGCUCUUUCAGAUGAACAAGUGUCCAAGAUGUGGGCUAAGAAGAAUGUGGGGAAGGAAGAUGUCGCAAAACUAGUUGACGAUAUUUACAGAAAAAUGCAGGUUUCUGGGGCCACUGAUUUGGCUUCAAAUGGUCAGGGAGCCUCAGAUUGCAGUAAUAUCAAAAUUAAAGCAGAGUUUGAUGACCCAUAUCGGUCAGAAACAAAGGUCAGAUGUCCUUGUGGAAGUUCUUUGGAGACAGAGUCAAUGAUCAAGUGUGAGGACCCAAGAUGCCAUGUCUGGCAACACAUGAGUUGUGUCUUGUUGCCUGAAAAACCUGGGGAGGGCAAUCCCAUGGUUCCUGAAAUUUUUUAUUGUGAGCUAUGCCGUCUUAGUCGUGCUGAUCCGUUUUGGGUUUCUGUGGCACAUCCUCUGUAUCCUGUGAAAAUGACUACUACGAAUAUGCCAACUGAUGGUACUAAUCCGGUACAGAGUGUUGAGAGAACUUUUCAACUGACAAGGGCAGACAAAGACCUUCUAUCAAAGCAAGAGUAUGAUGUUCAGGCUUGGUGUAUGCUUCUGAAUGACAAGGUUCCAUUCAGGAUGCAUUGGCCACAAUAUGCGGACCUACAGGUCAAUGGUAUGGCUGUUCGUGCUAUUAAUAGGCCUGGCUCACAGCUGCUAGGGGCUAAUGGUCGUGAUGAUGGUCCUAUUGUAACUCCUUGUACGAAAGAUGGAAUCAAUAAGAUCAGCUUAACGGGGUGUGAUGCUCGCAUUUUUUGUUUGGGAGUCAGACUCGUGAAAAGGCGAAGUGUUCAACAGAUUCUCAAUCUGAUUCCAAAAGAAUCUGAUGGUGAACCUUUUGAAGAUGCUCUUGCUCGUGUUUGUCGCUGCGUCGGGGGUGGAGGAGCAACCGAAGCUGACAGUGACAGUGACCUGGAAGUGGUUGCAGAUUCCUUCGCUGUUAAUCUACGGUGUCCUAUGAGUGGUUCGAGAAUGAAGGUUGCUGGUAGAUUUAAACCUUGUGUUCACAUGGGAUGUUUUGAUUUGGAGGUAUUUGUGGAAAUGAAUCAGCGAUCCAGGAAGUGGCAGUGUCCUAUAUGCUUAAAAAAUUACUCGCUGGAGAACAUCAUUAUUGACCCUUACUUUAAUCGCGUGACAUCUCUGAUGAGGUAUUGUGGAGAAGAAGUGACAGAAAUUGAGAUCAAACCUGAUGGUUCUUGGCGUGUUAAGACCAAAACUGAAAGCGAACGGAGAGAUUUGGGCAAUCUUAUUCAAUGGCACCUUCCUGAUAGUACUCUUUGCCUCUCAGCAGAAGAGAAUACUCCACCAAAUGCAGAGUAUAUGAAGCAGAUUAAGCAAGAAGGUGUUUUGGACGGCCAUACUGGUUUGAAACUUGGAAUUAGGAAGAACCGUGAUGGAAUUUGGGAAGUCAGCAAACCUGAUGAGUUGAAUAACUCUUCCAGUAGCAGAUUGCAUGAUAAAUUCGGAGAGCAUGAACCGAAAGUCAUUCCAAUGAGCAGCAGUGCCACUGGAAGUGGUAGGGAUGGGGAAGAUCCCAGUGUUAAUCAGGAAGGUGGGGGGAAUUUCGAUUUCUCUGCCCACAAUGGAAUUGAACUUGAUUCCAUAACUUUGAAUGUAGACCCCUCUUUUGGAUACGCCAAUCAAAUUCCUUCUGCCCCAAUGGGUGAUGCAGAAGUUAUUGUUCUUAGUGAUUCGGAUGAAGAGAAUGACAUUUUAGUUUCUCCUAGAAAUAUCUACAAGAAUGAUCAGUCUGAGCCUAGUGGGAUUAAUUUUUCCAUACCUCACACUGGGAUUACUGAUUCAUUUGAAGAUCCUGCUCUUGGUACUGGGGCAAAUUCAUGUUUGGGGCUUUUUAAUAACAACAAUGAUGAUUUUGAAAAUAUGCACCUCUGGGGAGCUCAAGGAGGUCCUGCCUUUCAGUUAUUUGGUCCAGAUGGUGAUGUCUCUGAUGCCCUGGCUGAUUUGCAGCAUGGUUCAAUGAAUUGCACACCUUCGGCGAAUGGCUACACUUUGGCACCAGUUACUGCGACGGAAUCCACUGCUCUAGUUCCAGAUCCUUCAGUUGGUCUUGCUGACGAUAGUUUAAAUGAUAAUUUAGUUGAUAAUCCCUUGGCAAUUGGCCGGGAUGACCCCUCCCUCCAGAUUUUCCUUUCGACUAGCCCCUCUGCUGCGUCAUUGCAGCCUAACAUAAGAGAUCAAUCUGACAUGUCAAACGCCCUAAGUACAGAGGAUUGGAUAUCUCUGAGACUUGGGGAUGGUACCACUGGUGGUCAUUGUGAACCUCCUACUGCCAAUGGUUUCACUCCAGGACAGCAAAUUCCUUCUGGAGAAGGGUCCAUGGAGACUUUGGCUGACACAGCUUCUUUGCUUCUGGGAAUGAAUGAUGGUAGAUCCGAGAAGACAAGGAGGCAGAGAUCAGGUAGCCCCUUCUCAUUUCCUCGACAAAAACGUUCUGUGAGACAAAGAUUCUACCUUUCUAUUGACUCAGAUUCCGACUAGACUGAUCCUGGAUAUCGAAGGGUUGUCGCUCCUCUUGGACAGUUUUGGCUAUACAAACUUUGCUGAAGAAUUGUGGUGAAGGAUCUCUAGUGGUCCAAUUUAGUCAUCAAUAACUUGAAUAGUGCUAGCAGUUUGGUAUUUGUAUUUUGCUGGUUUAGCAUGAGGCAUGAGGCAUGAGGCAUGAGGCAUGCGGCAGAGCUAGGCAAAGCUGAAGAUGUUCUGACUAAAUUUUUUCUGGCACCUGAUGAGUACCUUUAAAUUGGCUUCUUGCAUAUACCGACAAGAUCUGCAAUCAUAUUCGGGUAAACUGUACAGUGGAUACUCAUUUGAAUCCGAUACUUUCUGGAACCAUCCAUUGAAAUUAUACGAUGUAGCCCGCAACAUAGAUGUUUCGCCUUUCAUUUUGUGAUGUGGAAGGAGGUAGCUUUGUAAAUGUUUCUCCUGUCGGUUAGUUAUAGAGAAAGAUGAAGACUUAUACUGCCUGUACUGCCCAUCCGUUUUUGGCCAUAAGUUGUCCUUUAUGAAUUGGAUGCGAUUGUUUAGUGUUUCGUUUUGUACUGGAAAAGUUGUGUCGGUGCACAAGGGGAGUGGUGUUAAUUGCUCCGUGGCUAGUUGAUCAGAGUAGUCAUGUAGCAAGCCAGACCAAGAGUUCAGCAAUGAAGGUCUUGAUGGCAAUUGAUGGCAAUGAGAGGAAUCUUUUUAUUCCCUCUCCUCCACCUCCCACAAACUAGUGCAUAUGUAUAUGUGAGUGUUAGUUUUUACAUUUAUUUCAACUUUAGUAUCAGAUGAUGAUAUGUGUAAAAUCUGCACAUUGCUUAUAGAAUUGGAUGUUCGAUGCAAAAGUUAUGGGC